GCAUGACUUAAUUGAAGUAAAUUUUGACAAUGUUCAAGGGUUGAAGAUUUAUCUUCCUAUGAGUGUUACUAAAGAGUUUAAGAUGAUGCGAUUGAAAUUUGCCCAAAAAUUCUUUGAAGUUGGAUCAAUCAUGAUGAGCAACCCUCAAUCUCCAACCCUUAAUAAUAUCAAAUAUGUUCUCAGUAUAUACGAUGAAGCAUUAAGUCCUCAAUUAGCUCAAUGUCAGGAUAUUCGUGGCAUUUUACAAUUAGUUAGUCGUAAUUGUUCGCUUGAUGAUAUCACAAUGCUAGAGUUUUUCAUUAACACUUUUAACAUAGAUGAGGCUAAGCCAGUUAUUGAGGAAUAUAAAGAAGCUGUUGAGGAGUUUAAGAAAACAAAACUCAGUAAAUGUUUGAAAGAAAAAUUUUCAUAUGCUUCACUACUUCAAUGUGAAAGGAUUACUAUUGUUGUUGAUGAUAUACAUGCUACUGAAUUCACUCUUAAUGAUGUUAAAAGUUUGUCAUCAGCUAUAUUUGAAAAAUCAUCACGACACAUCAGAUUAAACGUUAUCAAAGAAGGCUCUGUCUUUAUCACUUGCUCUUUCUCUUUGAUUCUAUCUGAGCAGUUAAUUACAGUUGCUCAGGGUAAUAUUGAUGUAUUGAGAGCUAACAAAGUGAAGAGACUAACCAUUGGAUACUGCACUGUGUAUGAGGUACAAAAAAUUGAUGACACUUCUGCUCCUGCUACAAUUGAAUCAGAUGAAUCACCUGGUUUACUCAAGCAACUGAUGAUAUCAUUGGCUAUACAAAUAAUCAGUAGUAAAGAGGAGGUGACUUAUGAGGAAAGCAUGACAUUAAAGAAAGAAGCUGAGUCAUUAAUACAAAGACUGGAUAAGACAUUGAACGCCAGUGUAGCAAAGAGUGAUAAGUUUAAAGAGUAUGAUGAAUUGAAGGAAAUGAAAGAAAUAUUAAAAGAGCAGCUUGCUUCAUUUCAUAAAAAGUACGAGAAAUUGAAGGAAAUGAAAGAAACAUUUGAAGAGCAGCUUGUACUUUCAUUAACUCAAGAAAGUAUUGAAGCAACAGAAUAUGAAGUCCAAGAUUAUUUUGAAGGUAUAGCUGAAAAACUACCAGAGAUUGCAGAUGCGUUCAAUAAGUCAGUCUCUGAUAUCAAAGGACUGGUAGAUGAAGCAACAAGGGGCCUUGAGGAAAUACGUAAACACAGCGAGGUGAGGCAGGUAUCUCAAGUAAAGGAAUCGUAUCAAUCUUUGAGUAAGACAACGAAAACAGUUCACAGUUACCUUGAUAAAGUAAAUGAUUUGUAUCGACUACUCACUGAACAGACUCCUGAUGUAAUAGAAGAUGUUGAGAGUGGAAGAUUGAAGAGUAGUGACCAGUUAGCUGUUCAGAUUGACAAAAUAUUACAAGACAGCACAGAUUUUUAUAUUGAAGUACUUGAUGCCUGUUUCGAGGAAUUUGCCACAAAUUGUGAUGAAGCUCAAGGUGAAUUGAGGAGACUCCAAGAAAAAGAAGAAUUUAAAGAAGCAGCAGCCAAAGUUGCUGCAGGUGGGGCAGUGGUUGGUGGUAUAGCAACAUCAGUGCUAGUUGGAAUAUUUACUGCUGGAAUUGGACUUGCUGUUGGUUUAGGAAUGACUGCAGGAGCAACAGCAUUAACUACAGGAGUUGCUAUAGUCUUGGCAGGUGUAUUUGGUGAUACAGCCAAGUCAUUUGCUGAAAUGAACAAUAGACUCAAGAGACUUGAGCAGAUUAGACAGAUACGAGAUAUAAUUAACGAGAUUCAUCUUACAAACACAAAAAUAAAAAGAAUGACACCUGAUGAGCGUACUAAUCUUGCUAUGAAAAUGAGGUCUACUUAUAAAGAAAGUGAAAAACAUUAUAGCAAGACUUCUAGUAGACUCAAAGUAGCUGCAGAGAUUAAGGUAGCUUUUGCUAACAAAGUUGAUGAUGUGUUUCCAAAUUGAAUUACAUUACAACAUGCAUUUUACAACAUAUGUGUUACCAAUUGAUUGUGCUAGUUAAUUACAAUUAUGAUAAACUACUUAUUGUUUGAAUUUUUUUGAAAUUGGAAAAUCAAAGGGCCCAACAGCCAACACAGAGUGAAAAAAGGAACUAAA